UUUCCCAGAAAGCCUGCAGGGUCUUGCGCGCAGCCGCCGGAAGAAGUCUGUUAACACGCGGUUCUGAGAGCGAGAGGCGCGGGGUGUGAGCUUCGCUGGGGUGAUCGGCGCCAUGCCCAAGGCCAAAGGCAAGACCCGGAGGCAGAAGUUCGGUUACAACGUUAACCGAAAGCGGCUGAACCGGAAUGCUCGGCGGAAGGCAGCGCCGCGGAUCGAGUGCUCCCACAUCCGACAUGCCUGGGACCACGCCAAGUCGGUGCGGCAGAACCUGGCUGAGAUGGGGCUGGCCAUGGACCCCAACAAGGCGGUGCCCUUCCGCAAGAGAAAGAUGAAGGGCAUGGAGGUGGACACAGAGGCGAGGCCCAAGGAGCUUGUGCGGAAGCCCUAUGUGCUAAAUGAGCUGGAGGCAGAAGCCAGCCUCCCAGAAAAAAAAGGCAAUACGCUGUCCCGGGACCUCAUAGACUACGUGCGCUACAUGGUGGAGAACCAUGGGGAGGACUACAAGGCCAUGGCCCGGGAUGAGAAGAAUUACUAUCAGGACACCCCGAAGCAGAUUCGGAACAAGAUCAAUGUCUACAAACGUUUUUACCCAGAGGAGUGGCAAAGCUUCAUCGAUUCUUUGCCGAAGGAUAAAAUGGAAGUUGACUGACUGGGGUACACCUGCGCCUGGACCAGUGAAGCAGGAGCUGGGACUUAAGGCAAGGCGGGGAAUGGUGUAUGGCUUCAGAUGUGGCUGCCACAGUCCACGGAAUCCAAAGGUGGCCCACAGACUCCCCUCUGUGGAAGGAGUGCUUCUCAGAGGCUCUCAUUUAUAUUCCGGGGGCUCACAGGAAAGCCAGAGAAGCGUGUGGUUUGAAUACAAUCUGUACAUAAUAAUAAAACAAGGAUCUUUGACUUUUCCGAUG